UCUUUUAAAGGGUCUUCCUGUAAUGCUAUAUUGCUUCAGCUUCACACAGAAAUAUCGAUCAUUGCAAUAAUUAAUCAGCAAUAUAUUCGAAAUCAAUACCAAUAGCCGUAUCAUCCAUGUCGACGGCCGGCAGCAUUCAAGGUCAGCAGAUCGAGGUCACAGUGGUUGAGUGUACGAAGUUGAAUGAUAAAGAAUGGUUUUCAAGGCAAGACCCAUAUGUGUGCCUUGAAUACGGAGACGCCAAAUUCCGGACUAGGACCUGUACAGAUGGUGGUAAGAACCCUACGUUCCGGGAGAAGUUCAAUAUCGUCCUCUGCGAAGGCCGUCGAGAUCUCAAGGUCCUCGUCUGGAACAGCAACACCCUUACUUCCCAUGACUUCAUCGGCAGCGGAACUGUUCAAUUCAACAAGGUUCUUUCCCAGGGCUACGACGACUCGACCUGGUCAAUACAGAGUAACAGUGGGAGAUACGCUGGAGAAGUUAAACUCAUAUUGCAUUACGGUAAUGUUAAUAAGCCUGCAGCCACAAGUUGUGCUCCGCCUGCGCCAGCAGCCCCCUGUGUUCCAACAAUUCUGACACCCAGUUAUCCUCCAUCAUCUGUCUAUACAGCUCCUUCUAUGGUGUAUCCGCCAUACCUGCCCAAUCCCCAACCAGCUGUUUAUUCUCUAGUACAAUAUCCGCCGCCAUCCAACUACCCACCCAGUUCGCAAACAGCUGCUUCAUUUCCUCCCAUGGCAUACCUCUACCCUCCACAGCCACAACCCUACCCUCCACCUACGCAAGCCACACCCUACUUUUAUCCACCAGCUCCAUAUCCUGGAUCUUAUCCCUCCCCACCACCCUACUGAGAGUCUGAGAUAUAUAUCAUUCCAUAACAAGGUCCAUAGAGAGUGAUGAUGAAAUUAAAUAAUUUCUUACUGAUAUUCUUCCAAGUAGUUUUGCUUUGCAUUUAUAUCAUUAUAUUGUAUAUGCAGUACAAGGAACCCAAUCAAAGCCAAAGAUAUUUGGAGCUGGAUGGGUUUCGCUCGGUGUUGGCCUCUAUCUUUUGUAACAUCCCAUUGAAAACUGAAAAUAGAAACAAACUAUUCUCGGUACAAACAUUAAUUGUACGAUCAAGUCUUGGUAAUUACCUCGUUUUAGUCUUUACAUCAAGGUAGAGAGUAUGAAAAUUGCCUUUCUUUACCUGAUGAAUAAACGUGAUACUUG